GCGGGACGGGCAGUGCAGUGUGGGAGCUUGCUGGACGCAUCGCCAUUUUACGGCGCCAACAUGUUGUCGAACGCGCAGCUACUGGACGAGUUGAUGGGCCGCGACCGCAACUUGGCCCCGGACGAGAAGAGGCAGAACGUCCGCUGGGAUGACGACAGUGUGUGUAAAUACUUCCUGUGUGGAUUCUGUCCAGCUGAAUUAUUUACUAAUACACGUUCUGAUCUGGGUCCUUGUGAGAAAAUUCAUGAUGAUAACUUGCGGAAGUAUUAUGAGAAGAGCUCUCGAUUCAUGAAGGUGGGCUAUGAGAAGGAUUUCUUGCGCUACCUUCAGAACCUGAUGGCAGAUGUGGAGCGGCGGAUCCGUCGAGGUCAUGCUCGACUCGCACUGUCCCAGAACACAACGACAGGAGCCACGACUGGAGGGCCUGUGAGUAAAAAUGAAGAGAAGGGUCAGGUCCUAACGGAGAAAAUUGAAGAACUUUUGGAACAGAUAGAGGAGUUGGGCUCUGAGGGGAAGGUAGAAGAGGCCCAGGGUAUGAUGAAACUCGUGGAACAGCUGAAAGACGAGCGGGAACAGCUACGAUCUGCCAGUUCGACCAUCGAGAGCUUUGCAGCCCAGGAGAAACAGAUGGAAGUGUGCGAAGUAUGUGGUGCGUUUCUUAUUGUGGGAGACGCCCAGUCCCGGGUUGAUGACCAUUUAAUGGGAAAGCAGCACAUGGGUUACGCAAAGAUCAAAGCAACAGUGGAAGAACUGAAGGAGAAAGUUCGGAAAAAGACUGAGGAACCAGAACGUGAUGACAAAUUAAAACGAGAACGGGAAGAGAGGGAGCUGGAACGUGAGCGAGAGCGCGAGGAACGGGAGAAGAAACGUCGUCGGGAAGAGGAGGAGAAAGAAAAGGAGCGGGAACGUGAAAGAGAAGCGCGUCGUCGGAGGAGUCAUUCACGUAGUCGACACUCUCACUCCAGCCGAGCGUCCGAGCGGCGGCGGAGCAGAUCACGAGAACGCAGGCGUUCCCGCAGCAGAGAACGAGAGAAGAAACGGAGCAGGGGUGAUGAUCGUUGGAGCAGGGACCGGUCGGAGAGGAAGCACAGGUCCCGGAGCAGAGAUCGUCGCAGGUCACGGAGUCGUGAUAGGUCUCACAGACACAGAAGCAGGAGCCGGGAGAAGGAGAGGAGGUCAAAGGACAAAGAGAGGAGAGAUUCUGAUGAAGCGAGGAAAAGCAGCCGCAGAUCGAGUCAGACAGACAGAGAGAGUGCAGCGUCCCGUGCAGACCCCAUGGAGGUGGAUACCACUAAAAGCGAGGUCAAUGGGAGAGAUGAAGACCUAAAAUCUGAAGGUGACACUCAGUCCAAUUAAAACUGAUCUGAUUUGACCUCAGAUCAGGUCAAGGUAAGCGUGACUGUUGUGUCCCUCGGUUAGUUUGCUGUUUCUUUUCGUUUACUUUAGCAGUGCAGUGUAAGUAUUCCGACUGAAGAUGAAGAGACUAACCAGCAAAAACCCAGAAGGUAUACUUUAUAAAACGCCCAGCGACGACGGACAGACUAGUCUUGGCAGAAUAAGAGGCAAAACAUGCGUGUUGGAGACUCUAGGUACAUACUUUACCUCUGUAUAUUGUAACGUACUGAAACCUGGGCCCCAUUUCUGUUCCUUUGUGGAUCCUGGUGAAUGGGUUUGUGUUUUUAAACUAAGCAUUUUAAAAUCUGUCAAAUUUGGGGAAUUGGUUGGACUGUGUGGGAUCGGUUACUGGGAAGUAUAAUAAGUUUAGAGUUCGUAAAUUUUUGGCAGAGAAUGAGUGUAUUUUUGCUGUUUCUGUAACUGCAUCUAAGGCAUAUUUGAAAGAUUUUUUUUUAGUUUUAACCAGUCUGUUAAUGUCACAGAUGUUGCAGUAGACUUUUUGUUUUUUUUUUGUUUUUUAAAAAAUCUGCCUUGCACUCUAAUGGAGUCUUUCUGUAACUCGAGCCAGUAGCUUGGAUUGAUGGAAGUGUAGGGUUUAUGACUAAGUGACCCUGAGAACCAUAUCUCUCACUGCGCUGGUCUUGUGAGCCGCCCCGAAAGCAAAUUAAAAAGCAAGGAAUCAGUGAAUGAAUUGCAGGUACACGUGCCAGGUACACACCUUUCUCUACCCACCUCCAUGUUUGAAUGUUUUUGCCUGUUGUCUUUUCAAUGAAAUCUUUUAAAGCUUGCUGUUUCAUAUUGUAUUUGCUGAACAAUGUAUACACAGGAUUUAAAUAUUCAUUCCUGUCACCAUGAUGUUCUGUUGAAAUUGUGGAAUUGUUUCUGUGCAGAUGUGUUACAGAAUUCUCUUCAAAUUGCAGGGGAUGGAAGGGAGUUUUCAAGAAUUAACUUUACUUUUCACAUAAUUUUUAUUUUUAAAAAAGCAUAUGAAAAGUUGUUUCAGCCUUCUGUUUGCGACAGUACAUUACAGGCCCUAGCACAGAGGUACGAAUUCCGCGUUCUAUGCUGCUCCCGUUUCCCUUGCCCCCACCCCCACCCCAUCUAAUGUUGAGUGAGCUGUUCAUCUGCUGACACCCUACCACAAUGAUGAAAUUGUUUAUCCUCAAUAUUAAACUUAUGAGACUGAAUUAGUGUCUGUGGUUACAACUGUGGAAAUGAAACGUCAAUAUUAAUUCUUUGCUUGUGACCAGCUUCCUUCUGAUGGGGAAGGAUGUUGUAAGUCUUUAGCGGUCCUUUGAGGGAAUUGGGAAAAGUAGAGUUAUAAUUCCUGAGCAGUGUGUACCUGACACACUACCAGACCAGUGUCCCAGCUCUGCUCAUCUGUAGUCCUGUGGCAUCGUCAAGUUUGCUUCCUGCUUAAUCUGGGCCUCAACCCCACGGCCUAUGAGAUGCUGUUGUACCCAGUACCAAUCUCCCUGUACUGGUGCCAUUACUUAGUGAGCUUGUUCUCGUGGCUUUGCCCACUUUCCCAUGGUCUACUCAUUGACUGUCCCCAGUUGGGAACUGAGUCUGUACUAUCUGCCAUCUCUAGUAUCUUGCAUAGAUUUACUUGUCCUGUCCUUUGGUUUCCUCAGUCAUACAUCUCCCCCUGAAGUGAGUCUUUGAUUGGGAGCAGAGUUUGAAUCCCUUGGGACUGGGCUGCUUUCAGAUGUCACUCCUGGGGAAGAGCACGAGGUUUCAGUCAGUAAUUCGGCGGGUAAUUGAUGUCUCUGGCAUUCCCACUGACUGCCUGGCAUGGUUUGUUGGUGACGGUGACUGUAUCCCAGUGCUAAAUCACAUUUCUUCUCAAACCCUUCACAUCAACAUUUAAAAACAUCACAACUUGCUAUUUAGGGUCUUGUAUUAAUGGGGUGUAUUCUGCGGUUAUAGAGUGCCCUUGAGCACUUUGAAAUGAAUAUUUGUGAAGGUUAGGCUUUGUUAUAUACCGAAUGCAGUGUCUAUGCAGUUGGAUGCCACAGAUGUAAUGUGGCAUUAACGGGGUGUACUGUUUGUAAUGUUGACUGUAAGGGAUUUAUAUUGUAUGGGUCACUGGGAAACUUUCAUGGGGAGCAGCUGGCUCAGAGUUACACUGGGGCACCAUCUCUGAAAGCGUGGGCUCUAGCAGUACUACAGCACUGGCAAUAUUGGCUCAGUUUGGGGAGGGGUCUGAUUGCCUGGUGAGAGAACUGCUCACCAGGUUAAAGCUGUUUGCUUGCCUGUCCCAUCUAUGGAAGUAGUGAUGGUACAGGCUUUGUCACCCAUAACUGCACCUGUGAAACUGGGCACUUAAACAGCCAGACCAUCAACCUGUUCCAACUCCUCAAUUCACCCUGGCUGCUGGCUGUCUGAAGGACAACCCGAAGUUGUUGGCUGUUGGGUUUGAGCACAGUAGCGGUGGUCAAGUUUAGGAGGUGCUCAGGGAGCUAGCUAUCUGCUGUUAUAAAGGUGCACUUCCAUUAACUUGUCACACAAGCAAAUCACUGGGAAUUUCCAGUAUUCUGAGUUACGCACCCAAUAACUCAAAUUCCUUGUUUUGGUAGCACAUUCUUCUCUACAGUUAUACAAUGGGGGAACUUGGCACAGAAGAAUGGUAAAUGUGGUUAUUGUGGCCUGGGGGCAGUUUGAUUAGAUUGGUGUGUGUGUAAAGGAUGGAUGAUGAGAUUGUGGGGAAGUAGAAAAGAUGAACUGCUUAAAAUGGAGCAGUAGACGUGAUUUUGAGUUGUGUACGGAGCCUGGGGUGGGGGGGUUAUGGAGGAUGGGAGUGUUAUAAUUUGAGAGGCUGGAGAUUGGGAAGAAUGUUGUUGAUGCUGGCUCGGUGGGUUGAAUGGCUGUCUGCCAUUCUACGCUGGUCUUAAUUUGCAAGCUGCCUUCAUAUUGCCGUGCAGUGUGUGGCAGGUGUAACCUGGGUAAAUGAUGAGAUGCACUAACCAGUUUGCUAUCAUCCACGGCCACACAUCAAGGGCAGCUUUCCAGUAAAGAAUUAAUAUUGACAUGUGGGGAAAAUCAAAUGUGUACAGAAAAUGUGAAGUUACUGCCCUUGGCAAAUUGAUGUAUGUUAAAUCAGUGACAACUCUGCUGUCUGUAUUACAGAUGGGAGAUUACAGUAAAUGACAUGUAUACAGUAGAGGUGGGCUAUUUACAAUCUGAGAAAGGGUUUCCUUUUCUAGGUUAGAGCUGUAGCCAGUCGUUAGCAGAAAUGCCAGAAGACGAGCUCUGUAGGGCAGUAGGAAGUCUCCAAGAGGUACUUGCUUGCCUUUUGCCUUUUUUUUAAAAAAAAGACCUGGUUGUAUCUGAAGUGUGGCUGUCCGUUUCCUCAUUUCUAAUUGUGUGCUCUUGAAUCUUUCAUUUCAUAGGAGUGGCCAUUUAGAAGACGUCAAGGAAUCCAGUGAAGAUUUGACUGCCUGUUCUGAAGGCUCUGCCCCAUUAAAACAAGGUGAAAGAAAGCUGUGUAGUGGUGUAGAGGGGGAGAGAAGUUGUCAUUUUUAAGCAAAAAAAAAGUCCAGAAAUGAAUUUGUAUGGUUAGUUUCCCUGAGGAGUUCCCAUUUCUUGUGCUUGCAACACUUUACCAAUAGUGAGCUCGAGUGCUGUUUUUUAAACCACAAAUGUGUCAGGCUAAAGUGAGCAGCCCAGACUGUGACUUGCAUUUGUACCCAAGGUUUUCCUUGACGAUUAAGUUUGUAGUGACUGCUCUGUAAAUACCAGGCAGGUUGAGUUGUAUAGAGCUGUUUUGAUCAAGGCUGAUCUAUCUUGUGGCCACCGUUUUUAUUUUGGUUUUCAUAGUGCUAGCCUGCAGCCUGUUCCUUCCUUUCCCAUCCAACUACAAGGACGUGUUGAAUUUUUCCCUGCCCUGCUGUUCCUGUACUUUGAAUAUGGUUGCUGUAAUUUGCAAAUUUUAGUGUCAACUAUGAAUAAAAUUUUUUCAGUAAA